GCUUUCACACUUCACCGUAGUCCUGUCGAGAACACAACAAUGCAGAAGGAGUUCAUGCCAUAUUGGAACCUCACUGUCACAGUGCUGAGAGGGAAAUUCAAUCAGUCACAGGACCUCUUGACACAGUGUGACUGCUACGUUGUCUUGAAAUUACCUACGGCCUGCGCCUGCUCUCAUCGAACCAAGACUAUCACAAACAACAAUGUUCCAGAAUGGAACGAAACCUUCCGUUUCCGAGUACACAGUGGUGUCAAGAAUAUUCUGGAGUUCCACAUUUAUGAUGCGGACAGCCUCACGAGUGACGACUGCUGUUCUAACAUCCUGUUUGAUAUCAGCAACCUCACACUUGGACAAAAGCUGACAAAGUGCUUCUAUUCAGAUGAUAAGACAAAGAAUGAGCUGUGGGUGGAGUUAAAGGUGACAGAGAGUUCUGAGAGUCCUGUGCAAUACCUUUCUAAUGGAGUGUUGAUGGCAGGUCCAUUGUGUGCAUUAGAUGUGAAGGCAGAAAAACGAAAGACUAAUGUGAAUAAACCGCUGUUAAAACUGAGAGGUGCGUUUAAGGAGGACUUUUUGAUCUCAGGCCCUGAGGAAAAUCCCACUUUCUCACAAACUAUGCGCUACUACAUCAACCGAGACCUGGAGACUGAAUUUAGUCUCAUGCCAUCACAGGACAUGACAGAAGUGGAUGGUGUAAAUGUGAAUGUUGUAGAACCCCUGUCCUCUGUUUCUAUUAGACCAAUACCAGCCGAUACAAAGAUCAAACUCUCUUUGCCUGUUGGAGAGGGUUCAAUAGAUCUGCAAGUAAAGACAGAGGGCCGGUCUAGUGAAGAAAUGAAUGUACGUCUGAAUUUUGAUAUCCCGACGGAGGAAAAUAAUUUUCUGGUAAAAAGGAGAAAAGUGGUGUCACAAGCUCUUCAGAGAGCUCUGCAUCUCAUCUCUCCCCCUGAACCCAGUAAGGUGCCAGUGGUGGCUGUUGUGUGUUCUGGAGGUGGGUCGAGGGCAAUGACGGGCACAUAUGGAAGUCUUAGGGGACUACAGAAGCUCCAGCUUCUUGAUGCUGUCACCUACAUCACAGGAGUUUCUGGCUCCACCUGGGCUUUAUCUACUCUUUAUGGCGACCCUAACUGGUCUAAAACAGACAUGGUUAAGAUUAUAGAGUCUGCAAAAAAAGAGAUAUCUAAAAGUACAUUUAGUAUAUUUUCUCUUGAGCAGCUGUGGUACUACAGAGAGAAGAUGAAGGAAAAAGAGAAAGAAGGACAUCUCGUAUCUCUUAUUGAUUUGUGGGGUCUUGCUAUAGAGUAUCUUAUUCAAGGAAAGAAUCCCAUGGGCACGUUGAGUGAAAUGCAGAAGACAUUGUCAGAGGGCCAGAACCCUUUACCCAUCUUCACAGCUGUUAACAUGAAGGACGGCAAGACAGAAUGUACAACGGAGGCUGAAUGGUGUGAGUUCACGCCUUAUGAAGUUGGAAUUUCUAAAUAUGGUGCAUUUGUACCUGCAAAGAACUUUGGUAGUGGAUAUUAUCUUGGUCACAUGGUCAAGAAGCUUCCUGAAACAAGGUUGUCCUUUCUAUUGGGAAUAUGGAGCAAUGUUUUCUCUCUAAGUCUGACAAAAAUCUGGUGUCUCACCACUGGAAUUGCCCCUUCAUGGGCCCCUGGGAAUGGAGGGGAAACCAGUGACACAAACACUGCUAAUAAGGAAAAAUCACCCGGCACGUCCUUGGUCAGCCCAGUUACGGACACAGCUCAAAUGUUGAGCGGUUUUAUGAACAGCCGCCCCAUUAUCAGCCAGAUGUUCAACUUUCUCAGGGGUUUGCAGCUGCACAGGGAUUACAAUGAGAACUCUGGAUUCAUCACAGGGAAAGAAAAACAUCCAGAUGCCUUUCCUAACACCCUGACCCCAGUGGAUCCCAUGCUUAGUUUGGUUGAUGCUGGAUUUUCCAUUAAUACCGGAUUCCCUCCUGUGGUAGGCUCUCAAAGACAUGCAGAUGUUAUUAUCUCACUAAACUACUCCUGGGACCAAGACCAGUUCAUGGUUCUGAAGCAAACUCACAAGUAUUGCUCAGAUCGCAAGAUACCCUUUCCAAAGAUUGAUUUCCAAAAGUUGGAGUCAGUGCCACUAAAGGAAGUUUAUGUGUUUGAGGAUGAAGAAAAUCAAGAGGCUCCCAUAGUGAUUCACUUUCCCUUGGUCAACGUCACAUUCAAACAGUUUAAGGCUCCUGGAGUGAAAAGAUUAACCGAGAAGGAGCUGAAAGAGGGAGCAGUUGAUGUUGAAUUCAAAAGUGACUCCUGUCCAUAUGUCACUCACAAAAUGACCUACUCACCGGAGGACUUCGAUAAGCUUGUCAACCUCACUUCCUACAACAUUAUAAACAACAAAGAUGUAAUUUUGGAAGUGCUGAACAAAGCGGUUAAUAGGAAAUCCAAAUGAAACAUCAGAAAAUGAGCUGGGCCACUGUUACUUUCAAACACACCACUGAACAGGAAGCUGGUCGUUCACAAUGACUAAUGUCAUUUAAAUAUCCAUCCAGAAAAGAAACAGAAUCUCUUGUUAAGUCAUUAAUUUUAAAGUCUAUUAAAUUAGUUUGCCAUAGUAAGUUAGGGAUGCGCAGAUACCAUUUUUUAAAGACCGAGUACGAGUACCCAUAUUUGUUUUCUUGUACUAGCCAAAACCAAUACCAAUGCCGAUGCCUGUACCUGUAUUUUCCAAGCACAACACACUGAAACUAAUAACUCUGCCUCAAAACACAUUAUGAAGCACAACUUUAAGUCAGGAAUGUCAGGUGAGGUAUCAGUCUUUGGUGUCGGUAUAUCUAUAUGAGUAAGAGUACAUGAGCUUGGUAUCAGGCCCGAUGCAGAUACAGUUAUCUGUAUAUCCCUAGUACAAUGAUUUAGUUAAACACGUGUUUUUUGUAUCACUUCACUGAAUUUCCUAAAUAGAAAAAUGCUAUAUUAUUAUUAUACUGUAUUGUU